AUGACUAGACCUGACUUAGCAUUUGCAGUUCAAGUCCUAAGCCAAUACAUGCACACACCAAAGCAGUCUCAUUGGGAGGCAGCACUCAGAGUAGUGAGGUAUAUCAAAGAAGUACCAGGUCUUGGACUGUUGAUGCCAUCAGAAUCCACAAAUGAGCUAGUUGCAUAUUGUGACUCUGAUUGGGGUGGAUGCUUGGAAUCUAGGAGGUCAGUAACUGGAUAUUUAGUAAAGUUGGGAGAAGCCUUGAUCUCUUGGAAGUCAAAAAAACAAGAAACUGUAUCAAGGAGCUCUGCAGAAGCAGAAUUCAGAAGCAUGGCCUCAUGUGCAGCAGAAGUAACUUGGCUAGUUGGAAUCCUAAAAGAGCUAGGAGUUCAAAUUGAUCUACCUGUAUCAAUGAUCUGUGACAGUAAAGCUGCAAUUCAGAUUGCAGCUAAUCCCAUCUUUCAUGAAAGAACAAAGCAUAUUGACAUUGAUUGUCACUUUGUGAGAGAAAGAAUUACUCAAGGAAUGUUGAAGACUGAAUAUAUACACACAAAGGAGCAACUGGCAGACUUGUUCACUAAGAGUCUUGGAAAAGCUCAGCAUCAAUAUUUGCUAAGCAAACUAUAG